AUGAUCACAGGUACCGGUACAGAGAGCAGCUUCAUGGAUGAUCACAGGUACCGUACAGAGAGCAGCUUCAUGGAUGAUCACAGGUACCGUACAGAGAGCAGCUUCAUGGAUGAUCAAAGGUACCGUACAGAGAGCAGCUUCAUGGAUGAUCAAAGGUACCGUACAGAGAACAGCUUCAUGAAUGAUCACAGGUACCGUACAGAGAGCAGCUUCAUGGAUGAUCACAGAAACUCAGAGAAGGUUCAGUCCAGUUUCUCAGGACGAGUGUCGCUGCUGGAUCCAGAUCUGAGCCACAGAAACUGCAGCAUCGUCAUCAACGACCUGCGUCUCUCAGACUCAGGAUCCUAUCAGCUCCGAGUCAAUAGUGACAGAGAAGGAUUCACAUUCAGCCGUAAAACAGAGCUCUCUGUAACACCUCUCCAGCAGAGGCCCUCCCUGCAGGCCCCUCCUCUCUCAGACGGACACUUGGCCUCGGUCUCCUGCUCGGCUCCUGGACUCUGCUCUGGAUCUGAGCCCAUCAUCACAUGGAGCUGGAGAGGAACAGGAGGGAAGGACCCGCCCCCCGUCACCACGACAACCACACAGGCUGUCAAUCACAGCUCCAUUCUGCAGCUGACUCCUUCAGCGGAGCUUCACGGAGCAGAACUCACGUGUUCAGUCGCUUUUCAGACCAAUCAGACGACACACGACACGCUGACUCUCAACGUCACAUACCUCGCGGCCCCCGUGGUGGUGGGGGACACAGAGGUGGAGGAGGGCGGGGUCCUGGCUCUGACCUGCUCCGUGGACAGUUUCCCCGCGGCCUCCGUCUCUUUGCACAAACUCGGAUCUGAGGCCGUUCUGAACCAAACCGUGUCAGAUCUGGUCGUGACCAACGUGACGGAGGCAGACGUGGGCGUGUACGUGUGCGAGGCCCGGAGCGGCAACAGGACGUCUGUCACACGUGUCCAAGUCAGAGUCAUCUGGUCAUCUGUACGUCUGUGUCAGGGUCAUCUGUACGUCUGUGUCAGAGUCAUCUGGUCAUCUGUACGUCUGUGUCAGAGUCAUCUGUACGUCUGUGUCAGAGUCAUCUGGUCAUCUGUACGUCUGUGUCAGACUCAUCUGUACGUCUGUGUCAGAGUCAUCUGUACGUCUGUGUUAGAGUCCUCUGGUCAUCUGUACGUCUGUGUCAGAGUCAUACAGAGUCAUCUGUACGUCUGUGUCAGAGUCAUCUGGUCAUCUGUACGUCUGUGUCAGACUCAUCUGUACGUCUGUGUCAGAGUCAUCUGGUCAUCUGUACGUCUGUGUCAGAGUCAUCUGUACGUCUGUGUCAGAGUCAUCUGUACGUCUGUGUCAGACUCAUCUGUACGUCUGUGUCAGAGUCAUCUGUACGUCUGUGUCAGAGUCAUCUGGUCAUCUGUACGUCUGUGUCAGAGUCAUCUGUACGUCUGUGUCAGAGUCAUCUGUACGUCUGUGUCAGACUCAUCUGUACGUCUGUGUCAGAGUCAUCUGUACGUCUGUGUCAGAGUCAUCUGUACGUCUGUGUCAGAGUCCUCUGUACGUCUGUGUCAGAGUCAUCUGGUCAUCUGUACGUCUGUGUCAGAGUCAUACAGAGUCAUCUGUACGUCUGUGUCAGAGUCAUCUGUACGUCUGUGUCAGGGUCAUCUGUACGUCUGUGUCAGGGUCAUCUGGUCAUCUGUACGUCUGUGUCAGGGUCAUCUGUACGUCUGUGUCAGAGUCAUCUGUACGUCUGUGUCAGAGUCAUCUGUACGUCUGUGUCAGACUCAUCUGUACGUCUGUGUCAGAGUCAUCUGGUCAUCUGUACGUCUGUGUCAGAGUCAUCUGUACGUCUGUGUCAGAGUCAUCUGGUCAUCUGUACGUCUGUGUCAGACUCAUCUGUACGUCUGUGUCAGAGUCAUCUGUACGUCUGUGUCAGAGUCAUCUGUACGUCUGUGUCAGAGUCAUCUGUACGUCUGUGUCAGACUCAUCUGGUCAUCUGUACGUCUGUGUCAGAGUCAUCUGUACGUCUGUGUCAGACUCAUCUGUACGUCUGUGUCAGAGUCAUCUGUACGUCUGUGUCAGAGUCAUCUGUACGUCUGUGUCAGAGUCAUCUGGUCAUCUGUACGUCUGUGUCAGGGUCAUCUGUACGUCUGUGUCAGGGUCAUCUGUACGUCUGUGUCAGAGUCAUCUGUACGUCUGUGUCAGACUCAUCUGUACGUCUGUGUCAGAGUCAUCUGGUCAUCUGUACGUCUGUGUCAGGGUCAUCUGUACGUCUGUGUCAGAGUCAUCUGGUCAUCUGUACGUCUGUGUCAGGGUCAUCUGUACGUCUGUGUCAGACACAUCUGGAGGCCCCACAUCCUGAGGUCCUCGGGCUGUGUCCGCCACAGAGACGUCCUGAGCUGUGUGUGCGUCUCUCGGGCCUCUCCUGUUCCCUCGGUCUCAUGGAGCCUUCUGCAGGACCAGCACGAGUACUCGCUGGUUACCGUGGUGACAGGAGACACCAUCAACAGCAGCUUCGUCCUCAGAGGACACAACACGACAGAAGUCCAGUGUGUGUCCCAGAACCGAGCAGGACAGGCCCGGGACACUUUCACCGUGUCCGAGUCCCAACCCACUGGUAGGUACCAGGACCGAGUCCCAACCCACUGGUCCGUACCAGGACCGUGUCCCAACCCACUGGUCCGUACCAGGACCGAGUCCCAACCCACUGGUACGUACCAGGACCGUGUCCCAACCCACUGGUCCGUACCAGGACCGAGUCCCAACCCACUGGUACGUACCAGGACCGUGUCCCAACCCACUGGUCCGUACCAGGACCGAGUCCCAACCCACUGGUCCGUACCAGGACCAAGUCAGCAGAACCCACUGGUACGUACCAGGACCGUGUCCCAACCAACUGGUCCGUACCAGGACCGAGUCCCAACCCACUGGUCCGUACCAGGACCAAGUCAGCAGAACCCACUGGUACGUACCAGGACCGUGUCCCAACCCACUGGUCCGUACCAGGACCGAGUCCCAACCCACUGGUCCGUACCAGGACCGAGUCAGCAGAACCCACUGGUCCGUACCAGGACCGUGUCCCAACCCACUGGUCCGUACCAGGACCGAGUCCCAACCCACUGGUCCGUACCAGGACCGAGUCCCAACCCACUGGUACGUACCAGGACCGAGUCAGCAGAACCCACUGGUACGUACCAGGACCAAGUCAGCAGAACCCACUGGUACGUACCAGGACCGUGUCCCAACCCACUGGUCCGUACCAGGACCGAGUCCCAACCCACUGGUCCGUACCAGGACCGAGUCAGCAGAACCCACUGGUCCGUACCAGGACCGUGUCCCAACCCACUGGUCCGUACCAGGACCGAGUCCCAACCCACUGGUCCGUACCAGGACCGAGUCCCAACCCACUGGUACUGUACGUACCAGGGCCGAGUCCCAACCCACUGGUCCGUACCAGGACCGAGUCCCAACCCACUGGUACUGUACGUACCAGGGCCGAGUCCCAACCCACUGGUACGUACCAGGGCCAAGUCCCAACCCACUGUGACUCCUGAAACCAUCCUCCAGAGGUUCUCCGAGCUGGAGGUCUUUGUGGGGUUUCUGUCUGGGUUCUUUGUGGCAGCACUUCUGUGUUGUGUAGUCGUCAGAUGCAGGAGGAAACAGAAGCUCCACGUCACAGAUGUCCACACUUUGGAAAUGGUGAAAGAAGAAGAAGAAGCACAGCUCAACAAUCACAUGAUGUCGACAGCUACAGCAGAAGAGCUACACUACGCUAGCAUCAACUUCUCCGCCAUCGCCACGGCAACGGCGAGACCGAACCAGGAAGUCACCACCAAGACCGAGUACGCAGAGAUCAAGAGAGAGACCGUCCAACAGAGGCCAGUUGUAGAUGAAGAAGAGGAGGGGAAGAUGGAGGAGGUGGCGGCCAUGACAGAGGACCAGGAGGAGAAGGACCAGCAGGAGAAGGACCAGGAGGAGGAGGAGGCGUCGGUCUACUGCAACGUGGAGGAGAUAAUGUCUGAGUGA